AUGUGAUAGAGGUCGACACUGGAGAGCUUGCAAAAAGUGAGCGACUAUGGUUGCUUCAAAGUUAGUAGUGGCCUCUCUGAUACAAAUCCGCCCGCUAACGUGUGCCGCUUCUUCUUAUCCUGCGCGGCUGGUUUCGCAACCACCGGACCUCGUCAAGUGGGUGAAGAGGGAAGGUGGAUUCGUACACCGAGCUGUGACAAUAUCACAUGACUCCACCUACGGACUCGGCUUAGUUGCCUCUCAACAUAUCCCCAAAGGUUCUGAUCUAAUAGUCAUCCCUGAUCAUGUGCCAUUGAGGUUUCAAUCAGAAGGCGGAGAUGAUCCAGCUGACUCUAUUUUGGCCAAUUUGGCUCGUCGGAUUCCUGAGGAACUUUGGGCAAUGAAGUUGGGUUUGAAGCUUCUACAAGAAAGAGCAAAGGUUGGAUCCUUCUGGUGGCCAUACAUCAGUAAUCUCCCAGAAACGUACAGUGUACCGAUCUUCUUCUCUGGGGAGGAUAUAAAGAAUUUGCAAUAUGCUCCUUUUCUUUACCAGGUGAACAAACGAUGUCGUUUUCUUCUUGAAUUUGAGCGGGAGGUCAAAUCCUCUCUAGAAAAUGUUAAAUCAGAUGAUCACCCUUUUGGUGGCCAAGCUGUAGAUGCGUCCUCCCUUGGAUGGGCAAUGUCAGCAGUCUCAUCCAGAGCAUUUCGAUUGCAUGAUAAAAAGCUCCCAGAUGGAUCCCGUGAGGAUGUACCUAUGAUGCUUCCUUUAAUUGAUAUGUGUAAUCAUAGCUUCAAUCCAAAUGCCCGAAUUAUUCAAGAGCAAGAUGCAGGAAACUCGAAGAUGCUGAUUAAGGUUGUGGCAGAAAUGGAUAUUGAGCACAGUGAUCCUUUACUACUCAAUUAUGGUGGUCUGAGCAAUGAUCUAUUCCUUUUGGAUUAUGGAUUUGUGAUACCGUCAAAUGCUUAUGACCUUGUUGAACUCAAAUAUGAUGGAGCUCUUAUGGAUGCUGCAAGCAUGGCUGCUGGAGUAUCAUCAACCAACUUUUCUUCACCAGCACCAUGGCAGCAGGACCUUCUUUCCCAGUUAAAUUUGACUGGGGAAGCUCAAAACCUCAAGGUAAGCUUAGGAGGCCCUGAAAUCGUAGAGGGAAGAUUAUUGGCAGCCCUGAGAGCACUACUGACAAGUGACAUGGAAUCAGUUCAGAAGCAAGAUCUAAACACCCUUAAAUCUUUGUCAGCUGAAGCUCCUCUUGGAAUUGCAAAUGAGGUGGCUGUCUUCCGGACAAUCAUUGCCUUAUGCGUGAUUGCAUUGGAACAUUUCCCAACAAAGAUAAUGGAUGAUGAAGCCAUAUUGAAACAAGGUAUUUCAGCUUCCUCUGAAUUGGCCAUCCAGUACAGAAUCCAGAAGAAAUCCGUCAUUAUUGACGUAAUGAGUGAUCUCACAAGGAGGGUGAGGUUAUUAUCGUCGAAGGAAACAACUAGCAGCUAGUGAUAGUUGUGAAAGCAGGGGAAUAGGCUUGAUCACUGCUUGUUUGCAAGUUCAAAAGAUCAUAGUUAUGAUUACAUGAGUUAGCUCUAGCAUUUGUUUCUAUUUCUUUUUAAGUUGCUUUUUAUGGGCUUUAAGUAGUGGUAUUUUGGUAGGCUCUUAAAAAUUUGACCGAGUAACGAUGACAAGUGUGUAUUAUUAUUCUGGUUAUCUCUGCAUCAGUACUGGGUAAUAAUAUGGUACUAGAGGAUCGAAAUUACAGUUUUCAUCAAUUCUAUUGCGCUUGAAAUUA